AUGGGCGUGCGCUUCAUAGCCAGCAAGGCGGACGAACCUGUGCAUGUGCAUGAGAAAGAGAGUGUUUCGCAAGGCAGCGGAGCGAGCGCAUCGGCGAUGCAGCGCGCCCUGCCGCUGGUCUUCUCGCGCAUCGACUUGGAGCAAUUCCCGCGCCUCUUGCAAAAACACGAUCCAAUUCUCGAUGGCGCACAAGGCGAUGUGAUGCGAAAGGAUCCAGACGAGCAGAAUCCGUUUGGAAGCAGUGUCGCCGUUUACAAUGACGGGGACAAGCACUUUCCCACGCCUCCCCCUGCCAUCCAAGCAGUGAUGCGCGCGAGUGGCGGCGCUGGCGAAGAAGUCAACUCAGAAAGCUAUCUGAGCUCGGUUACGCCGCUUACUGCGCCCGAGGUGCAGGCGCUGCAUCGGUACAAUAUUAAACUUAAACGCGUCGUGAACAUGACUGGAAAAGGCCGUGUAGCAAGCUGGUAUGCCCUGGUGGUGGCUGGAAACGGCCGCGGGCUUGUAGGCUACGGCGAAGGCAAAGAUACCAAUGCGGGCCGCGCAAACAAAAAAGCGUUCCACGCCGCUGCAAAAAAUAUGGACCUUGUCGCGGUCCACCGCGCAAAGAGCGGGUCCAACACGGUGGAAACCACCGUCGAAGGCCAUUGGAGCGCGACGAGAGUCGUCAUACGCCCCCGUCCCGCUGGUUUUGGUCUGCGUGUCCCUGAUGUCAUUCAUCCCAUUGCGCGCGCCGCGGGAUUUACGGACCUGAAUGCGGCUAUUUACGGGUCGACAAACGCAAUGAACGUCGUCAAAGCCACCUUCCAGGUCCUCUGGGGCGGCAGUGCGCCGAUCGGCAUGGGUGGCGGUGUGCGUGGAAAAAUGCGCCGCAACGACAAAGGCCAAGGCGCACUCUCGCGCCGCGAUAUGGAGCUUAGCCGCGGGCGCAAACUCGAAGAGUUAGACAUGUUUCGGUAG